CCGCCCAUCGCUCCCAUCGGUCCGUGUAAACGUGAAAAACACGGUACGAGAUGUCGGAGCGGGUGGUCGCGGGCCGCGACGGACUGAAGCGGGAAGUGGCUCGCUCGUAGGUGCUCUCCGUUCUACACUUUUGUCCCACGCUCGCCGCGGACCUUACCGACCCGUGGACGAGUCCAACGGAGCGCGGAGAGAGCCACCACGCGUUUCGCGAUUCCCGCGAUCGAGGAGGCGUCACGAGGGUGUCGUCGUGAAAUCGAAAGGUCAACCCCGGCGCGGCUCGAAGCCGCGCGUGCAUGUGUGCGCGCGUGUGAUAUGCCGGUGCCCCUCUCUCCGGUGCAGCACAACACAGCGACAGCUUGUCCUCCUUUGAAACCAACCACCCUUCGCCUCGCACCCCCGGGGAUCGUGUCGAGCACGCCGCCGUGGUCAUCGUCGACCGCUACUAUGCGUGUCACGCAUUAACGACGCACAAACGUCGUGAACGAGGUGAGCCGGGGCCCAUUCUAUACCUGCGUAUUAUUGUAUGUGUGUGUAAAUGGUGUAAAGCGAUUUAUUUUUGUGCGCGUUACGAAGAUCGAUCAGCGAGUGUACGGCGAGAGUGUUUUUCAACUUCUCUGUCUCCCUCGCUCCUCGUCGAGGGAGAAAGAAUGUGUCGAGGGCGAGUUCCAAGAGAGAGUCGCGUCGCGUCGAUCUCUGAACAUCGUGAUACGGAAGGGAAGGGAAUGAGGGUGUACUCUGCGUUCAGAGCUCCGAAUCUUUCGAGCGGAAGAGGAAAUUAACUACCUUGUUUAUAUCUCGUGACCAUGUACGCGCUGCAGAUGCAGACCGCCUGCCAGGGCGAGGGCAACGAGCCCGAUGACCCCAGCAGCCUUCAUCAGGAACCAGUGCGACCUGCCAUCCAAGAUUGCAGCUCCUUCGAUAUUGUCAGAGCCACGCAGUAUGGAGCGUUGGAUCGAGUGACGCAGUUGGUGGAAGCUGGUGCCGACGUGAACCAACCAGAUUCAGAAACUGUGACGCUACUACAUUGGGCUGCCAUAAACAAUCGCAAAGAUAUUGUUAAAUAUCUCAUUGCAAAAGGAGCCGUAGUUGAUGCUAUCGGCGGCGAAUUGGCAUCGACGCCAUUGCAUUGGGCUACGAGACAGGGCCACCUCUCUACGGUUGUGAUACUGAUGCGGGCAGGCGCUGAUCCAACUUUGAGGGAUUCCGAAGGCUUUUCUUGCAUACAUUUGGCGGCACAAUUUGGUCACACGGCCAUAGUGGCUUAUUUGGUGGCAAAAGGCGUGAAUCCAAAUAUGCCGGACAGAAGUGCCAUGACGCCUCUCAUGUGGAGUGCUUAUAAAGUUAAUAGUUUUUCUUAUUAUAGUCUAGAUCCGACGCGACUGUUGUUGACUCUGGGCGCGUCACACUCGCUUACUGAUAAUCUACAUGGUAAUACGGCCCUGCAUUGGGCUAUCAUAGCAAAAAACAAUACGGCAAUAUCUACUCUGGUGCAACAUGGGGCCUCUCUAGACAUGCCCAAUUUCCAAAAUGAGACGCCAAUGACACUGGUAGCUCCGCAUCUUGGCGCUGUGUGGCUAGGACAUAAAGCCAGUUUCGACAUUAAGGAGAGACAAGGUCGUACAAGAACAUGGUGUAGAGAUAAGAGAAUUCGUUGGUGUUGCAUGGUCAGUACGCCAUUUAUAGUAUUUUAUGUGAUCGGUAUAAUUCUACAGAGUGGAUGGGAUUAUUUAUUAAAACUAGGUGCCUUCAUCACCCUUUAUGUAGCAAUGUAUCUAAUGAAUAUGUUUGUGUUCGACGAACGGCUGUUUCAUAUUUUACCAAUGUCGAUUUAUUUAGCAACCAAGAUGUGGAUAUAUGUUACGUGGAUCUUUUGGCUGGGUAUUCAUGCAGCAUGGUAUUUAUGGCUGUUAUUAGUCGGUGGAUCUGUUCCUCUCUGGAUAUGCUUUCUACAGUCUUGGAGGGGUGAUCCUGGAAUUAUUACGGCUACUCACGAGGAUAAAUUAAAUACAAUAAUUGAAUUGGCUGAGUCGGGUGGUUUCGAGCCACAAUGGUUCUGCAGUAGUUGUUUAGUCAGAAGACCUAUGAGAUCUAAGCAUUGCUCCACAUGUGAUCGUUGUGUAGCACGAUUUGACCAUCACUGUCCAUGGGUUAAUAACUGUAUUGGUGCACAUAAUCACAAGUAUUUUCUUGGUUUUCUGGCAUCUUUACUAGGAUUGUGCAUUGUUAUUUUAUCUGCCAGUGUACAAUAUUGGCAAUUUGAGUGUUGGUCGAACUUAACAAACGGUCAUAGCGCAGACAACUAUUUAGUAGCCGCAGCUACUUGUGAUGCUUGGGUGAUGUGGGUAGCAGCCAAUACGUCCCUUCAUUCUUUCUGGGUUGGGACUUUGUUGGCGUGUCAAUGUUAUCAGAUUAUGGUCCUGGGAAUGACAACGAACGAACGUAUGAAUGCCGGUCGUUAUAAGCAUUUCAAGCAGGGGAAUCCGUUCCAUCGUGGUGCCCUGCAGAAUGCUGCUGACUUUUGUAACUUUAGUUUUUGCGGAGUGAAGGCAAAACCCAGCUCAGAUUGGCUGCACAGUUUCGAUCUCAAGCAAAGCAUCGAGAAGUUACCUUUGCUCGCGCAGAAAGAUAAUUUUCAGUAUGUUUAGAGUUCUAUAAGCAGCCAUGAGAAGCAAAUGUACACAUACAUACACCAUAUCAUUUAUGCCUGACGUACUUCUUGAGCCACCAAAGAGUUGUUGCCGCAAACAUGUAAGUGACUUUCCAGUACGGCAGUAAUUAUGCGGACAUGGACGAUUUUGUUCGCGUAUUCUCUAAAUAGUUUUAUUAUGCAGCAAUAUCGCUGAAAAUUUUUCAACUUGUACGUUGUAAAAGACUGUUAAUGCGAAUGUGCAUAUCCCACCUAUAACUCUACUUAAAGAUAUCGAUGAAUGGUAAAACGGUAAAAAAUGCACAAAUUUCGUAAAAUUAAAAUUAACACUUUGUUGCCCAAAUAUAAUAAACGCGAAAAAAGAAUGAGUUUCUGUAUCAAUGAUGGAUAUAAAUGGAGGAUAUAUAGAAAAAAUUAAAGAUUAAAAAAAUUUAAUCUGUAAUAUUGGAUCUUAGAAAUAGAUAUUAGAAAUUGAGCAGUGUAGACUCACUCUUUUCUUCUAUCUAUUAUGCAUCAUCUAAUUUGUAUCUUUGAGAGAUAUUGAAAUUUAUUUUUACCAAAUUGUAGGCUAAUUCUUUACAUUAAAUGCACAUUGUAAAUAUUUAUCUUGAAUCGUAUUCAUUUACUCACUGACAUUUAUUAAUUAUUCCACAUCUGAUUUUAAUAUUGCGAUCCGUAAAUAACAACUAAUGAUUCAUGAACAACGGAUACUUGCUUCUUCAAGAAGUAAAAUGCACUUAGAGCUUGAAAGUACAUAUUAUUCAGUGAUUAUAAAGUUAUAAAUCUGAUACCUCUAAUUAUACAAGAAACUUAAUCUACAAGAUUAUAAUUAUAAUUACAGUUAUUUUAUCAUCUAUAGAAUAAUUGGAAAUCUAUAUAUUUCUCAUUACAAAUGUCGGAAAAUAUUUAUAUGCAUUUAUUCUCGAUGAAUUCUAUAAUUCAUAAUUGAAAAAAAAAUACAUAAAAGUGUAAAGUACUAAAAUUUAUUGAUAGAAAAAAAAUAAAUAAUGCAAUACUUAUUAAAAUUAUGUGGUGUAACAGACAAAAUAAAUAAUAAAGAUGUGGGGCCUAUAUAUCAUCGCUAUAAAUGUGUAUAAAUUAUGCAAAUUAGAACGCGUAAGAGAAUCAAAUGCUGUGCGAUAGAAUUAUAGCCAAAAGAGAACUACAACUAUUUAUACUGUUUAGUCUAUAUUGUUCGUAUUUGUAAGAGUCUACCUGAAUUAAGUGCCAUGUUAUGCUUCUUGAAAUGCAUUUAUGUACUCGACACCAUAAACUUCUGUUGAGAUCAACUACUAUUCAUAUUGAUUACUGUUGCGACUAAAAUGUAAUAUUUAUAGUAAUAAUAUGAUUUGCGAUCACAAAUCAAUAUUACAAAUUAGUCGUAAUAUUUAUUUAAGGAAUGUGUUAUAUAUGAAGCAUAUCUUGUCAUAAAAACAUUUAGGUCACAAAAUCGCUUUUUAUAUGUUAUACAAAGAGUCUAGAAUAUCGUUACGCAACAAAGAAAUUAUUUAUCAGCUAAACACGAUAGACAACGAUCUGCGUGUAAUUGUAAUUUAAUAUUUAACUCCAAACUGAUAAUUCUUCCAAAUUAUAUGUACAAAUUAUUGCAGACAAAAAAAAAUUAUUGCUUGUACAUUCCAAUUAACGGUAGCAUUUUAUAAUGAGGAUGUAGGAAAUGUCAAUUUAUAGAAUUAUCUCAUCAAAUCUUUUGAUUCUAAAUAAGUUAGUUAAUGAUGAAAUGUAAUGUAUUAUUUUUAGAUGCGCUCUCAUGAAAAUGACAAUAGGAAUGUAACAUAAAAUAGAUUUUCCUAAGCAUAGAAAAAUGUAUUUUAUGCUUUUCUUCACAUAAAAACAUUCCUAUUUUUAAAAAGAAAAAUUUCAAGAAAAACCUCAAGGUAAUGAUUUUCAAUUUCGAUGAGGGCGUAUAAGAAUGAUCAAAGAAUAUUUGCACAUAGCUUGAUUUUAUGAUUAAUAUUGAUAUAGGUAUAUCUAUAUAUAUAUUUAGUAUAAUAUCAGAAUUAUUCUAAAUACGCAUCUAUAAUACUGAAUGAGACAUCGCAUAUGACAUCAAACAUGCAUUUAAGCGCUAAAUUAUAUCGACGAAAUUUCUGUUGCUUUCAGUUAAAACAAAUUCAGUGAUCAUUUAUUUGUAAUUGUAAAUGUUGUACAUUUUAUUUGACGCUUUCAUGAAUAAGUAUUUUAAUUUUAGUGUUGAGAAUCUAACGUAAAGACUUUUUAAUGAUUAUUCAAGCAACGUCUUCGAGAUCAUUGAUAUGCUCUAAGUUUAAUUCUAGGUUCGAUUUACCGGUUGUAUUAGUUGUAAUUCAUACAGAUGAUUUUCAUACCCGACGAUUCUUUCUUGUACAGGAUGAGGAAUGAUAAGUGUACAAAAUGUUGAGAAACAUACAGAUAGUUUUAAUAUGACUAUAUUUGACAUAGCAAUCACAUGAUUACUGCAUAAACGAGUACUCCAUGUCAAUGUUAUUAGCAAAAAAACUGUAUAAAUAUUAUAAAUAUAGCAAUGUGCAUAGAAGAUACAAGUGAUUGUACUAUGACAUUAUUUGUCGGACAGUUACGUUUAAAACGUAAUUGUUUUCAAAAGGAUUACUUCGCGUCGAACAGGUCGAUUUGAUUGUUGCAUUAAUUACUUUUAUUUCUCUUAAUCUAGUCCAACUGAGAUUAGUAGCGAACAAUAGCAUUGAUAUAUUUUGUUAACUAAUGUGUUGUGAUCACUUCCUGUACGGAAGACAUAACCGUCAAAGUAAGCUAUCUUAAUCUUCUAACUUCUGUAUGUAUUACGUAUUAAUAUUUGAAGAUAAGGAUCGAAAUCGAUAUAAUUUCGUCCGAAUUCGAGUGGAUAUAACACGAAACGAACAACAGGCUAUAAAUUUUCGCGUUUAUUUAUUAUAAGUGUAACGCGACAAUUGGCGCAUAAUGCUCACAUUUUCGCAUAAAUUAUAUCGAUUUCCAUCCUCGCAAAUCAUGAGUAUCAAUGCGUCGUUUGAACAAGCGAUCGAUAUAAUGCAAAAGUAAUAAGACAUUUUUACAGUCGGAAAAAAUAUAUAUCUAACGUCAUAAUGAAUGUUAUUAAUAUACACGCACGUUUCUUACAUUGCAGCAUUUUCUUAAGCUCCAUAAAAAAUAAUUUUAAGAUUAUACGAAAUAUAUAAAAAACGAAAAAAAGAUGGAUUCACAGAUAUAAAGUUAUAUAAUUCGCAAUGCGACACCUUUAUCAUUACUGUGAUUUGCGAGGUAUAAUACGAAAAACAUAUGUAACACACAUACAUUGAAUGUUCGAAUUGCUGUUAAAUUUUUGACGAAUUAUAAUAUAAUAUACACGAUGGUGGUGCGU